AUGGCGGAUCGUUACAUCCCAGAGCAUCGCCGCACCCAGUUCAAGGCCAAACAUCAGUUCAAGCCAGACGAGCUCCGUCGCCGCCGCGAAGAGCAGCAGGUCGAAAUCCGGAGGCAGAAGCGAGAAGAGAACCUUGCUAAGCGACGAGGCAUCCAAACCAGAGAUGGCGGAAUCGGCGUUGGAGCCGGCCAGGUUGCCGCCACCGACAGUGAUGAAGAGGGGGCAACCAUUGAGACUGAGCUUGACGUGGAGCUCCCGGAGAUGGUCAAGGGAGUCUUCUCGGACAACAUCGAUGAGCAGAUUCAAGCAACCACAAAGUUCAGAAAGCUCUUGUCGAAAGAGCGUAACCCCCCUAUCGAGCGCGUCAUCGAGACCGGUGUCGUGAGCCGCUUCGUCGAGUUCCUUCGGUCUCCUCAUACCCUGGUCCAGUUCGAGGCAGCGUGGGCUUUGACCAACAUCGCCUCUGGCUCUGCUCAGCAGACUCAAGCUGUUAUCGAGGCUGGUGCCGUGCCCAUCUUCGUCGAGCUCCUCAGCAGCCCGGAGCCCGAUGUUCGGGAACAGGCGGUCUGGGCUCUUGGUAACAUUGCCGGUGAUAGCCCUCAGUGCCGUGACUAUGUCCUCGCUGCUGGCGCUCUCCGUCCUCUUCUGCAGCUCAUCAAUGAUGGCCGGAAGCUGAGCAUGCUGCGGAAUGCCACAUGGACUCUGAGCAACUUCUGCCGCGGCAAGACCCCGCAGCCCGACUGGAAUACUAUUUCCCCUGCUCUGCCCGUUCUCGCCAAGCUGAUCUACAUGCUCGAUGAUGAAGUUCUUAUUGAUGCUUGCUGGGCUAUUUCCUACCUGUCGGACGGCUCAAACGACAAGAUCCAGGCGGUCAUUGAGGCAGGAAUCCCUCGUCGCUUGGUCGAGCUCCUGAUGCAUGCCUCUACCUCCGUCCAGACCCCAGCUCUGCGGUCCGUUGGAAACAUCGUCACCGGCGAUGAUGUUCAGACCCAGGUCAUCAUCAACUGUGGUGCUCUGCCUGCGUUGCUUUCUCUUCUCAGCUCCACCAAGGACGGAAUUCGCAAGGAGGCCUGCUGGACGAUUUCCAACAUCACUGCCGGAAACUCGAUGCAGAUUCAGGCCGUGAUUGACGCUAACAUCAUUCCUCCGUUGAUCAAUCUGCUGUCCAACGGUGACUUCAAGACGCGUAAAGAAGCGUGCUGGGCCAUCUCCAACGCCACUUCUGGUGGUCUCCAGAAGCCGGACCAGAUCCGCUACCUUGUCUCUCAAGGAUGCAUCAAGCCUCUGUGCGACCUUCUUUCGUGCCCGGACAACAAGAUCAUUCAGGUCGCCCUGGAUGGGCUGGAGAACAUCCUCAAAGUGGGCGAGAUGGACAAAGAAGCCGCAGGCCCUGGCGAGCCCGCUGUCAACCGCUAUGCUCUGUUCAUUGAAGAGGCUGGUGGUAUGGAGAAGAUCCACGACUGCCAGAACAACGCCAAUGAGGAGAUCUACAUGAAGGCGUACAACAUCAUCGAGAAGUACUUCUCCGAUGAGGAUGAGACUGCUGGUGACAUCGAUGAGCUUGCUCCCCAGCAGACUCAAACUGGAUUUGCCCUGGGUACCAACCAGCAGCAACCAGGCGGUUUCACCUUUGCCAACGGUGGUGAUUCCAUGGAUAUCGACACUGUCCUAGGUAAUAUUGCCCUUCGGACCGGCAUCAAAAUUCGAGGCAGCGCCGCCUUCAAGCAGAGUUGUGCGAUCAAGCUAAAGCUGGGACCUCAAAUUUGUCCUCCGAUCCACGGCAAGUUUAUUUGGAGCUGUCUUGAUCGAGGUCUAUCCCCCUUCAGCUCUUCGAGCCUCAACGCCGCCUUGGCAUUCGCAAGUGCCAGACCUGUGCACGUUCCUCCGCCCCUCCCCUAUCUCUCCCGGCGUUUGAGAAUGUCCCCAUUCCCAGACUUGUUUCCCAGCCCCACGGAUCUCCCCUUGUUGUUAUGA